AAAUUAAUCUUGGCUUUCGACCGCCAAAACACGUAACAGCGACCUCCACCUUUGAAUCCGGACUUCGUUUCUCCAGCGACAUCCUGCCUUGGUGACCCUCAGAGGCUCAGAGUCCAAUUGGCAGAGAUGCAUCUGGUCACGGUAGCUACUCAGCUGCAUCAAUGGGCACUUGAUUUUAGCGGGAACUGCGAACGGAUCUUGAAGUCCAUAGCUAUCGCCAAGGCGAGAGGUGCGAGCCUUCGAGUCGGACCAGAAUUAGAGAUACCAGGUUACGGAUGUCUUGACCAUUUCCUUGAGGGUGAUACCGUCUUACAUUCAUGGGAGGUGCUGUGUGAGCUGCUACAAAGUGAGACUACCAAGGACAUCGUGUGCGAUGUCGGAAUGCCAAUCGUCCACAAAAGCUCGACUUACAAUUGCCGAGUCAUCAUCCACAAUGGCAAGAUCGUGAUGAUCAGACCUAAAAUGUGGAUGGCCAACGAUGGCAACUAUCGGGAGCUGAGAUUCUUCACGCCUUGGUCAAAGCAUCGACAAGUCGAACAGCAUCCUCUGCCAGCGAUGGUCAGAGCCAUCACGGGCCAGACGACUGUACCCUUUGGAGAUGCUGUGGUGGCUACCGAAGAUACGGUCAUCGGCGUCGAAUUGUGCGAGGAGCUAUUUACACCGGCCUCGCCGCACAUUGACAUGGGUCUGGAUGGUGUGGAGAUUUUCACGAACUCGUCAGCAAGUCAUCAUGAGCUGCGGAAACUGAACAAGCGUGUCGACCUGAUCAAGGAAGCGACUUCAAAGCUCGGUGGGAUCUACCUGUAUGCAAAUCAGCAAGGGUGCGAUGGCGAUCGACUGUAUUACGACGGAGCAGCCAUGAUCGCCAUGAACGGCCAGAUACUCGCGCAAGGUUCCCAAUUCUCCCUUUCAGACGUGGAAGUUAUCUCUGCCACUAUCGAUCUCGAAGCUGUCCGAGCUCAUCGGACGACCAGUAGUAGGAGGAUGCAAUCUGCUCAAUCAGAUCCCUAUGAGCGAGUCUGGCUCGAUACGAGAUUGGAUGGAGGAGCUGCUCUGAGGAUAGGCGAAGAGGAGACGAGAGCGGGAGAGUUCAAGUAUCACACGCCUGAAGAGGAGAUUGCACUCGGCCCAGCGUGUUAUCUGUGGGACUAUCUUCGACGGUCACGAACCCAGGGGUACUUUAUCCCUUUAUCAGGAGGGAUAGAUAGCUGUGCAACGGCCACAAUCGUGUACAGCAUGUGUCGUCUAGUCUCUGAAGCUGCGCUUGCUGGAGACUCUCAAGUACUAGAAGACGUCAGGAGGAUCGUCGGAGAGCCCAAUUCGACAUACAUCCCUUCAGAUCCGAAAGAGUUCUGUGGUAGGAUAUUCCAUACUUGUUAUAUGGGUACCGAGAACUCUAGCCCAGAUACCAGGAAACGCGCAAAGGACCUCGCAGAGGCUAUUGGAGCGUAUCAUGUUGAUCUGAACAUGGAUACAGCCGUCACUGCCGUCAAGGGCAUCUUCAGUAUCGUCAUGGGCAAGACGCCGAGAUUCAAAGUACAUGGCGGAUCGAAUGCUGAGAAUCUUGCGUUGCAAAAUAUCCAGGCCCGACUACGCAUGGUUGUCGGAUACAUGUUUGCCCAGCUCCUUCCCUGGGCUAGGGGCAAGUCUGGGGGAUUGCUGGUGUUGGGUAGUGCGAAUGUGGAUGAGAGUCUGAGAGGAUACCUGACCAAGUACGACUGCUCGAGUGCCGAUGUCAAUCCCAUUGGCGGGAUCAGUAAGACCGAUUUGAAGCGUUUCAUCUCGUACGCCGAGAAAGCUUUCGAUUUGCCCAUACUGCAGAGCUUUCUCGAUGCCAUUCCCUCGGCUGAACUCAUCCCGAUCGGUGCUGACAACGCGGUCCAAUCUGACGAAGUGGAGAUGGGCAUGACGUACGACGAAUUGUCCGUUUUUGGUCGAUUACGAAAGGUCGAAAAGUGUGGACCGUAUAGCAUGUUUGGAAAGCUGGUCCAGGAGUGGGGAACAUUCUUGUCGCCCACCCAGAUCGCCGAAAAGGUCAAGCACUUUUUCUUCACACACGCCAUUAACAGACACAAAAUGACCACCAUCACUCCGGCUGUUCAUAUGGAGUCCUAUAGUCCAGACGAUAAUCGGUUCGACUUGCGACCUUUCCUCUACCCUGCGCGAUUCGAUCAUCAAUUCCACCGUAUAGACACCCUUGCUGCUCAAUUGCCGAAUCGAGCCACGCAGCCAGGCUCAGAGAAGACCAAGGUCGACUAGAGAUGUACGUAUGAGCGUGACUGCCUUAUUAUCAUUUCUUUGGCAUUUGAAAGUCA